AUGGAGCUGACGAAGCUGAUCAAGCUGAUGGAGGGGGAGACGGGGCAGCUUCUGCGCUCGAGGCUGUUGGACUUACCAAACACGCCCGUGCGCCCCGUGAGUCACGGUCGGCUACAUCCCCCGGGAUUUCGGACGUGCGAUCUGCCGCCGGCGACUGGGCGACUCGGCCCCUGGCAUGUGUGGCCGGGCUCGAAGGGGAGGGGGCCAGCGCCAGCCGAGAGCGCCCCUCGGUUUCGCCUGGGGGGGGCCUUGAUGCCCCUCCCCCCCCCCAAGUCCAUAGCAUUCGCCGUGGAGGACGAUGGUGGACCCUACAACCUACAGUAG